CCCAAUCAGGAGCAGCUAGAGUCCGACUCAACUUCUAGGCUGAGAGAGCAAGGGAUGCUCAUCAUGAACUAAAGAGAGAGAAAGAGAGAGCAAGAGAAGGCAGGCACCAGUCCGCGUUCAGUGAGUCAGUUGCAUGCAACGGAUUCACACAGGCGCGCAUUGAUUGAGCUUUCAGCUACGUCAAACAUUGGGCUGUGGUGGUCACGAAGUUUCGUCAGCAGGUGAUUGUCAAGCAAAUAACUGUCGGUCUCACGGUUCCAACACAGCCAUCAAGGAAUAGGACAAUGAGGGUGAAGCCCAGCUCCCUUAUAGGAUGUAAAUAUCAGGGCAGAUAGAGGCUUGGCUUUUUGUGCAAACACCACAGUUCCACUAUGAGGACUUGCUUGCUGGUCCUGCUAUGGGGGUCCCUGUCCCUCUACGUGGAUAACAUGUCUAUUACCAGAAGGAUUGUGGUGGAGAUGGGAGAGAUGGAAGGAGAGAAGGAGGAGGACAGAGAUGGAGGAAAGGGAGAGAAGCUACUGAAGCGUUUCAAACGAGGAUGGAUGUGGAACCAGUUCUUUCUACAGGAGGAGUACACUGGGAGUGACAAGCAGUACAUUGGCAAGCUCCAAUCCGAUAUGGACAGGGGGGAUGGAACCCUGAAAUACAUUCUAAGUGGGGACGGGGCUGGAGACAUAUUUACCAUUGAUGAAAACAAUGGCGACCUCCAUGCCAAUAAGAGACUGGAUAGAGAGGAUAAGGCCUUCUAUACCCUCCGAGCAACCGUGGUCAACAAGAACACAGGCAUAAAACUGGAGCCGGAGACAGAGUUUAUUGUUAAACUCCAUGACAUCAACGACAAUGAGCCAAUAUUCACUAAGGAGCUUUACACUGUCAGUGUACCAGAGAGGUCCAAUAUGGGUACUUCAGUCACCCAGGUAACAGCCACGGACGCAGAUGACAGCAUGUACGGGAACAGCGCUAAACUACGAUACAGCAUCAGCCAGGGGCACCCGUACUUCUCAGUGGAACCCGACACAGGCAUAAUCCGGACAGCCCUGGGGCCUGGAGAGAUGGACCGGGAGAAGCGGGAACACUACCAGGUAGUGAUUGAGGCCAAGGACAUGGCGGGCCAGAGGGGUGGCUUAACCGGGACCACCACGGUCAAUAUCACCCUGACAGACGUCAACGACAACCCCCCGCGCUUCUCCCAGAGCAUAUAUCAGUUCAGCGUUCCAGAAUCCAUGAAAGCUGGAACUCCUGUUGGCAGAAUCAAAGCAGUGGAUAAAGACCUUGGGAAGAAUGCAGAGAUGUUCUACAACGUUGUCGGCGGGGAUGGCUUGGACAUGUUCGAUGUCAUCACAGACAAAGACUCACAGGAAGGCAUCAUUACUGUUGGAAAGCCAAUGGACUAUGAAAAGACCCGUUCCUACACACUGGAGAUCCAGGUACAGAACACUCAGACCUUGGACACUCGUUUCCUGGGGUACCUACCCACCAAGGACAUGGCCACAGUCAGGAUUGGUAUAGAGGAUGUGGAUGAGCCUCCUCUGUUUGAGAGAGCCAGCUACGUAAUGGAGGUGAAGGAGGAUGCAGCCGUGGGUACUGCAGUAGGGUCUGUCAGGGCCAUGGACCCGGAUGGAUACAACAGCCCAGUCAGGUACUCCAUUGAUCGUCGCACAGAUCUGGACCGGCUUUUCAACGUGCAUUCUGGGAAUGGGUCCGUAUUCAUCACAAGACCUCUCGACCGAGAAGAAGCUGCCUGGCACAACAUUUCUGUUAUCGCAACUGAGUUCAACAAACCUCUGCAGACCAGUCGGGGGCCUGUUUAUAUCCGUCUUCUAGAUGUCAACGACAACGCACCAACAUUUGCCUCUUUCUACGAGACGUUUGUUUGUGAAAAGACCAAGGCUGGACAGAAGAUCCAGACGGUGAGUGCAGUGGAUGCAGAUGACCCAGCAGGUGGACACAAGUUCUUCUUCAGUCUGGCUACGGAGGGAGCUUACAGAGGCAACUUCACAGUCAGAGACAAUGGAGAUAACACAGCUGGCGUCCUAACCCGGCGCUCCAGCUACAGCCGACUGCACAAGAGCGUCUACCUGGUUCCUGUGGUGAUCACAGACGGGGACUUCCCCAUGCAGAGCAGCACGGGGACGCUGACGGUGCGCGUGUGCACCUGCGACCGCGAGGGCAACAUGGAGCUGUGCAACGCCGAGGCCCAGACCAGCUCAGCUGGACUCAGCACCGGGGCCCUGGUGGCUAUCCUGCUUUGUGUUAUUAUCCUCCUCAUGAUCAUAGUUCUGUUUGCGGCACUGAAGAAGCAGAAGAAAAAGGAGCCUCUGAUCAUCUCUAAAGAGGACGUGCGAGACAACGUCGUCAGCUACAACGACGAGGGGGGCGGAGAGGAGGACACCCAAGCCUUCGACAUCGGGGCUCUGCGUAACCCCGAAGCCAUCGAGGAGAGCAAGCAGAGGCGGGACAUCAUCCCCUCGGACACGCUGUACCCCCCUCUCAGACAGACAGUCAUUCCAUCGCGGGACAACGCCGAUGUCCGGGACUUCAUAAACCAAAGGGUGCAGGAUAACGACAAUAACCCCACCGCCCCCCCUUAUGACUCUCUGGCCACAUAUGCCUACGAGGGAACCGGUUCAGUGGCUGAGUCUCUCAGCUCCCUGGGGUCAGCUUCCUCUGAAGGGGACCAGGACUACAACUACCUCAGUGACUGGGGGCCCCGCUUCAGGAAACUGGCUGACAUGUACGGGGCUGAGGACAGCGACUGUGACUCCUAACACACUACCUGACCUGUUUCUGGGGCCGGAGCUAGGAGGAUGAACUCUGAACUAUAACUGACUGUAAUCUCUCUUCUCAAAAAAUGAGGACAAAUGUUGCAGCCCGAGUUUUUUACAAAGUGCCCUUUUAUUUCUUCCAACACAAUUAUAGGCCAUAGCUCUUUCUGAUGGCCAGACCAGAUAGAGACUGUGCAGCUGUGUGGAAUCUUUUUUUUUAAACUAUUUUAGUGCAAGGCCAACUUUUCCAGAGAAGGUGAACUUCAGUUAAUGAUCCUGAGUUCAAUGUCAAAAUAAACUAUAAAUAUAUACAUUUAUUUUUAUUUUCUGGUUACAUCUGUAUCUAUAUGCUGCAUUGGAAGGGAUUACACAUUUCUCUGAAUAAUUCUGUGUAUUCUUGAGAGAUAUCUCCUAUAGUUUCUCUGUACUGUUACUGAAGUGCAGUAUGUUGUACGUUGUAUAUUUGAGUGUUUUAGUGAAUUUGAACUUUGCUUUUCCAGGAACAAGGAACUGGAAUUGAACCAUCUCUUUAGGUAAUUCUUCGUACCUUAUUUUAAAAUGGCCAAAUACUUUAAAUGGCAGGAAAGCCCAGGACCAAAAUAAAACAUUUCUUCAUGAAAGUUUAUAGAACUUGGGCAGCCACUCUGUACUUACUCCAUUCCCCUAUCAGGCCUUCUGAUGCACAGAAAGUUCACUAUUCCAAUUAGACGUUGUUUGUUUAUUUCACCAAUCAUUUAUUAUGUGAUCCGUCCAUUUUUUGGAACUGUAUCCAAGAGUAACUCUCUGAAGACAUGAUUUGAUACAAGGACUGUAUGUGUGUAUCUCUGCACAUGAUGAUGAAUGAAGAAAUGGAUGGAGAUGAGGUUUGAUGCUCUAAGAUUUACAGCGAAUUUCAGCAACAUCUGACAACAUCGACAUAAUCCAUCACAAAUCAAUAAUGGCCAUAUUAGACAUGUUUAUGGGCGCAGCGAUAUAUACACAUACUGUAUGUCUUACUUACAUCAAUUCUGCACAAAAAAGCCUACAAGAUGAAUGAGCAUACCACCAGAGAAGGAGAUUGGCCGAGAAAAACAGACAUUUUAACAGCUUAUACUUUACAGAGAGAAUGCAUUUACAUGAAGAAUUACCUAACAUCCUUGAAAAGAACCAAAACUAUAGAAAGCAUCUGAAGUAAAUAUUUCAUUCAGCCAUGUGUUUGCUAAUUGUUCUGUUCUCUCUCUGACAACAUUGGAUGAUAAUGCUUUUCACUCUCUGAACUCAUAUCAUACUUAGUAGCUAAGCGAACAUAAGCAAUCACUCCAAAACAACUUCAUCAUUAAAGAAGUUGAGACGGGAUCCAAAGGAUCAAUUACAACUGAUCUGCGCUUCGACUUUGAAAGUGUCUGUGGAUAAUGAUGUGUUGGGUAUUUGGGUACAUCAUUUUGAUUUGACAUCAAACUUUUCUCUGUAAAAUUGUUUGACUAAAUAAUGGUAUAUACUGUGGUUGAAACUGUGCUUUGUGGCAGUGAUUUGAGAGCAUAGCUGAUGUUCAUGAUGUACUACUUUACUUUUUAUGUUGUGAUUUUCUUUGUACCAAAUAUAUAUAGGACACAUGCUGAAUUAAUAUUGUUGAAACACAAGCAUCCAACCAAUAUCGCUGUUUUUGAUGUCUUUUGGAGUUGUACAACUAAAUGUGGACACUACAGGCUACAGUACAUGUCAUACUAUGAUGUAUUAACAAUUGUCAAAUUUUACCAUAAUAAACUUUUCCAGUAAACCACA